CGCUCAAUGGGGUCACGAGGGAAUGAACAAACUCUGCGCGAGCGACCUGUUCGAUGCUCUCGCGCUCUAUAAAGUCCUUCACUCAGCUUCCACCGGAGAGAUACCCACCUGCCCAACGACACGCUUAAAUAUUCAGGCUGAGAUAUCUGACUGAGCUGUAAAACUUCACUAGUUUGUGAGGGUCAAAAUGAGCUCCUCGCUUCCAAAAAGCGAAUCCACCACAUCCCUAAUCAAAACGAACCGGAGAGUCCGCGCGGACCCCGCGAGCCACCGCAACGGGCACCGGCAUGCGGGAGGCGGCGGAGGUGGCGAGGACUCGUGCUGGACCGAUGAGUGCGAUGCCACCGCCCGCAGACCUUUGUGCCAACCGAAACACGGACGAAAAGGUGAGAAGAUCCAGAAUUAUCAGGAGGAUGGACCGGAACACCGCAAACCGUCACGGCACCACCACACCAUUAACCCUCCGGGCCAACUCCACGGGAAUCCCCGCACCAGCCGGACGCCCUCGCCGACUUCAUCCCUCUCCAAGCGCUCGGACGAAGCCGCGCUGUUCUUUGAAACGAAGGACAAGCAUCGGACGGGCUCGAAUCAAAGCGUCACCUCCAGUCCACCUCCAGCGCUUCAGCCCAGCAGCACACGCGCCCACGGGAGAGCGAGCGCGUCCAGCGGCGCGCUUGAUGCAGACCUCCAUCCCAUAGUCAAAUCAGUCUUUGGACAGAACAGAGAGCUGAGACCAGAGGAACUGGAUGAGCUACGAGAAGCCUUCAAAGAGUUUGAUAAAGACAAAGAUGGCUUCAUUGGCUGCAAAGACCUGGGCAACUGCAUGAGAACCAUGGGAUACAUGCCUACUGAGAUGGAGCUCAUCGAACUGAGUCAGCAGAUCAACAUGAACUUGGGAGGACAUGUGGACUUUGAGGACUUUGUGGAGUUGAUGGGCCCCAAACUUCUGGCUGAGACGGCAGAUAUGAUCGGAGUAAAGGAAUUGAGAGAUGCUUUCAAAGAGUUCGACACCAACGGAGACGGUCAGAUCAGUACAGCAGAACUAAGAGAGGCCAUGAAGAAACUGCUGGGCCAGCAGGUGGGUCACAGAGAUCUGGAGGACAUUCUGCGGGACAUCGAUUUAAACGGAGACGGGCACGUGGACUUUGAAGAUAUGACAGAAAUGGCAGUGGACUGA